AUGCAAUUGGAACCAUCAGACGACAACUCCCUUGUGGGGUUUAGCUCGCUGGCAUCAUCGCCGUGCACUAGCUUUGACGACGACGAGUGGUCGCCCCCCUCUAAAGUAGAGGCACCGCUCUCGCCUCAAUUGCAAGCCCGAGCUCUUCAAUUGGUACCCUCUAAACGUCUGACUGCUGUAACUACGUACUCCACCACUAACACCGAAACCAACACCAAAAGCAGCACCAAAGUUAACACCGAAUUAAAGAAAGUUGAUAAGACUGUCCCAUACGUACUCCCUCCUCCCGUUAAAUCCUCCAGCCUGGCCCUUGUUCCUGCAAAUAGCCGAGAAGUAGUUUUCUCGUCCUCCGAGGGUGAGACUGAAAGCACCGGUCCUGACCAAGGAUAUGCGUCAGACCUCAUAUCGGAAAUUGACGACGAAGACGAUGACUUACUCGAGUUAGACCAGUUGAACUUGUUAUCGUCGCUGCCUUUUGAAGUUUUGGACGUCUACAAGUCGUUGAACCACCUCCCUUCGACUUCCUCAAGCCGUAUUGCCGAACUCGACAAAUUGUUGGAUAAGAUCCCACACUUUCAACACCAUGCCAGCCCCCACCCCACCAGCGUGAUCAGAUCUCUUUCCAAACUGCCUGAAAUUGGGCAAUUGGGUCUCAAGGUAUCGGACAAACGCUACCUACCCUUGGUCCACAGCAUGGCCCACACGCUGACUCUGCAAUACUGGCACAACCAGGACCAACAACUCAUGCCCGUGCACCCGAAUUUUAUGCCCUAUGUUGACUGCUUGCCGACGGAUGUGGGCAGAAACAGCAAGAACCGGAUGUACGCUUUUGGGCGCAAGCUGGCGGAGGCGAUCAGGCUCAACUUGAUGAACACGAGAAUGGCGGUGGAAGCUGACGCCUUUGCUGCUGAUUACACCAUUUUUAAAUUCGGCAGACCGUCCACCGACUUGGAAGUGUACGAAGGGUUCCACCCACUUAAGGUGAGUCGGGGAAAGUUUGUGUUUACCAAAGUGCCACCAAUUUACCGCCCUCAGAUCAAGAUGAAGAACAAGACGGUCCCCCUUGACCCGUUCAAGUGGAUGAAAGCAUCCGAAAAGACCCAAUACUUGCUGGUCAUCCGCGAGGUUGCUCGUCAGGCGGUGGCCCAAGCAAGAAAGCUUGAUGUGUCUCAGGUGCUUGACAGACACUUGCUGAAUGCGACGAUGAUGAAGGACGUCGUCGUGGUGUUUAAGGUCCCCAAGUACCCGGUGUGGUACCAAUUCAACCCCGUCUACAUUCGUGCUACUGAGCCUGAACCUACUCCCUCCCCUCCUGCUACUCCCGAACCUUUGUCGAGAAAGAGAAGUCGGGAAGACGAAGACGAUGACGAUGACGACGUUCGGGAAUCUCCCAAGCGGUGUGUCGCUGUGGGCAACUACCACACCCAAAAGGACGUCGACUACUUGCUGAACCGGGAAAUCAUUGCCACUAGUGGGUACUCAGUGAACAACACUCACCGCUACCAGCCGUUAGUCCACAACAUCAAGGACACCGACGUCGACGCUUUACCCGUUUUGGGCGACCAAAACUUUGCUGGCUUGUUGCUGAUCAACGGCAUGGUCAGAGACUGUUCCCUCGAUUCGAGUAACUACAACGCGAGAAUGCUCUGGCACCAGAGCAAACGCAUGGAGGUGGGCACCGAUAAGUUUGCUGUUGACUUUGUGGUGCAAGCCCCUCCCCAACUGACGAAGCACUUGCGUGUGUUCAAAGGGUCCCUGCCCAUACUGUACGUGGAUGGCAACCCCCAAUUUAAGUGGAGCCCUCCCAACUACGAUGGUAGGGUGUCGAUCGAUGGUGUUGCAAUUCCCGCCGACCCUUUCUGGGACAUGGAACCGAAGCGGGCUCAGCACUACUUGAAGAUCAUCCGCAUGGUCUGUCGCCGGGGGAUUCUUCGGGCUCAGGCCAAUUUGAAAGAGAACUUCAAGAGCAACGUCUACUCUAACAAGAUCUUCAACAACACCGAAGCCAUGGCUCAUGUGGUGUGUGUGUUCAAGCUUCCCGAGUACCCCGUUUGGUUCCAAUUCCACCCUGUGUACGCCACUAGGUACAAGGGCAAGACCAGCCGGAAGCUUGCGAGAAUGAAGCGGCAGGCGAAGCUGGCCGAGAAAGACAUGACUCAGUAA